CUUUCUCUUUGGGGUUGUAAGUUGUAACUAGGGUUUUAGCCCUAAAGUACUCCGCAAAGUUCAACAGCUUCGCCACUCUCACAAUCUCCCAACCAUGGAGGUCCAGCCCACAUCUCAGCCUCCACCGCAAUGUUGGAGCAACAUCGUGAAGCAGCAACUGCCGCCACCGCCGCAACAGAACCACCAAUCCCCUUUCGCCGCCGCGGCACCUCCGCCUCCCAAUCGGGAGUUGGUGGGGAGUUGCAAUUCGACUAAGGGAAUAGCGGUGGCGGUAGUGGAUGCCAACGCUAUCAUCCAGGGUGGUCAGAAUCUGUCGCAUAACGCCGACCGCUUCGUGUCUGUCCCGGAGGUCUUGAGCGAAAUCCGGGAUCCUACCUCUCGCCACUCCCUCCAUUUCCUUCCUUUCACUGUGGACACCAUGGAACCCUCGCCUGAUGCUCUCAAAAGAGUUAUUAACUUUGCAAGGGCAACUGGAGAUUUGCAGACACUGUCAGAUGUAGAUCUGAAGCUCAUUGCUUUGACUUACAUGUUGGAGUCUCAAAUUCAUGGAACCGAGCACCUUAGGGAUUGCCCACCACCAAUCCACACAGUCAAUGUGAGAAGGCUGCCUGAAAAGGACAUGCCUGGGUGGGGCUCCAAUGUUCCCAAUCUGGAAGAAUGGGAAGCUCUUGAACAUGCUGUUGAGGGUGGAUCAAAUACUACCUCCAGAAUUCUUCCCCUUAAAGAUUUGAGCAUGAAUGUUGUUCCAACAGAUCAACAGAGUAUAGAUGGUUCAACUGUAAAUGAUAGUAAGUCUCAAUCUGAGGACCAAGAGGAUGCUGAUUGUGGUUUCAGGGGGCCUAGAAAAUACAUGUCUCAAAAAAAGGAGGUAAAGAUUGAAGGUAAGAAGAUGGUGGCAGAUGGGGUUGAUGCUUCACAGGGACAAUAUGAUGAUGAUGCUGGUGAUUGGCUGCCUGCUGUGAGUCGAAGCACUCAUAGAAAAUAUCUCAGAAGAAAGGGUAGACGAGAACUGCAUGGGACACCAUCUGAAAGCAAGCAUGUUGGUGGCACCGAAGACCUAGAUAUCCUACAGGAUAAAGCCUCCACUGAUAUUACAGAUGGGAAUUCAGCAGAGAGUGGUAUUAUUAAAGAGAAUGGCAAUGAAGAUAUUUCUAAAAUUUUAAGUGAAAUGAGACUGGAGGAAGAAUCUUCAGUAGCUUUACAGGCUAGUGAGAACUGUGCUUCUGAAACGUUAGAGUCUAAUGAUUUCAAGAGUUCAGAUACUGCUGAUAACAUUAAUGGGGAUGUAGAAAAUGUAGAGGAUGAUGUCGAUAACCUUAAUGAAAUGGCAAGUCAGACCUGUGAAAGCAUUGAAACAUCACAAAUGGAUGAUAGUAGCAGUGAACAGAGUUGGAUGCUGAGAUCCUUGUCUGAGUCAACAGUUGCUUGUAUAACUAGUGAUUUUGCAAUGCAAAAUGUGAUUCUUCAGAUGGGAUUGAGGCUUCUGGCACCUGGUGGGAUGCAGAUUCGUGAGUUACACAGGUGGGUACUAAAGUGCCAUGCCUGCUACAAGGUGACCACAGAAAUUGGUAGGAUAUUCUGCCCAAGUUGUGGGAAUGGUGGCACUUUACGGAAAGUGGCUGUUACAGUGGGAGAAAAUGGUAUUGUUAUCGCAGCAAGAAGACCACGUGUGUCCUUGCGUGGAACAAAAUUUUCACUACCUUUGCCCCAAGGAGGCAGGAAUGCCAUUACCAAGAACCCCAUUUUACGUGAGGAUCAGCUUCCACAGAAGUUCUUGUACCCUAAAACAAAGAAGAAGAAUAAAGAGGGAGAUGACAUCUUUACUCCAGACAACUUAUUUGUCCACCAUACUGAUAAAAAAGCUCCCCUGCAGCCUCCCAUGAGGAAAGCACUGGCUGUUUUCAGUGGAAGGAGAAAUCCCAAUGACAAUCAUUAUUCUCGUACUAUGCAUUAAACCGUAUUUCUUGAUUAAACACAAGUUCUUGGAGAUUUUGUAACACUCCAAAACAGAUUUCAAGAUGAACUGCUCUUUAUAUUUGCUUGUGUUAUGUUUUAAGAUUUGUUUCCAGUGUAUGCUACUAUUCACUUGAUGAAAGUGUGCAAUUUUGGAAACAGUAUUUGUUUUUGGAUGUAUGGUGUUGAUUAUAGCAAAAAGGCCUUUUCCAA